AAAAAAAAAAAAAGGCAUGUGUUUUCCUGAUGUCUGUGAGCACCAGCCCAAGACGAUGAUGUUCAAUGCUCCAGCACGCCUCCAGAAGCAGGGAGAGAACAAAAGCACCAGAAUCCGUCUCUGGUUGCUUGUAGGCUCAAAGAGGCUGACUCUUCCCCAAGGAUAUCAAGUGCAGUGUAAGCUACAGAUAUCUGCUCAUCUGAACAAGCCUUAAUCAUGGAAAGAAAGCUCCUAAAGAAGGAAAUGAAAAAACUCCUGGGAGAUUAUAUUGGCAUCAGACUUCGGGAAAAUGAAUUUGACCCAAAAGGAAGAAGGCAACUCACCUUUCUAGAUGAUAUGGCACACUAUGACUUGGCCAUCAAUGUUGCUUUGCAAUGGCUGGAUCACUUGGAAGACUUCACUUGGCUUGAGUGGGAGAAAGUGAAAAUGCCAUUUCAUGGCAGACCCACAUAUCCAAACCGGAAAGAAAGAGAAGCAAUGAUUUUAUCAUCUUACGCUGGAAUCUUAAUGAACAGUCUCCCAGUUGAGGAAGUGUUUAAAAUGUAUGGAGCCGAUUCUUCUACCAAUUCUGGGGCCACCAAGGUUCCCCGAGCUCCACCUUUCCGCCUCUCCUUGCACCCCUUUGCCAUGUUAACGGCACCCAAAGCAGCAGAAUACGCCCGCAAACAGGGUGUCAAGUUAAGAAGGGGAGCAAACAAAAACGCCGCCAGCAGCUCUGCAAGGGAAGUAAAUGUCACAGCAUGGAAAUCAUCAAAAAAUGUAUCUUUGGACAUCCAGCCCAAGAACAAAGCACAGAACUGCUUCAUAAAGUAAGGGACAAGGAGAAUAUAUAUUUUUUUUAAUCCAGGUAAUUUGGAAAAUAGUUUUAAAGAUUUCUUUUGUAUUAUAUUGACAUUGGUAAUUCAUUUCUUAAUUUUUUUAAUGUUUAUUUUUGAGAGAGCGAGUGGGCAAAGGGCAGGGAGAGAGGGAGACAGAGAAUCCCAAGCAAGGCUCCACACUGUCGGCACAGAGCCCAAUGCGGGGUUCAAACUCAUGAAAUGUGAGCUCAUGACUUGAGCCAAAAUCAAGAGUUGGAUGCUUAACCAACUGAGCCACCCAGGUGCUCCUCAUUUCUUAGUCAAAAUGAAUAUGAGCAACACCAUACCCUAGAAAAGUGUUGACAUUGAGCACAUUACCAGGAAAUGGAUUCGGAAUGGACAGGACCAUACAAAAGAGCUAGAAAACAGCAUGCUAUAAUGAUUAAGAGUAUGGACUCCGGAGUCACACAGCUCAGAGUUGACUCUUGGUUCUCCCAUUUAAUAACUGGAGUGAAUUGUUAAGUGAAUCCCUCUGUGCUUCAUUUUCUCAUUUAUAAAGAGAGGAUUACAGCGGUACCUAUCUCAUAAGGUCGCUACAAGGACUGCCUAUGUGGAAGGGCUGAGCAAAGUGCCAGGACCUAGCUAGCCAUAAUACAACUGCUUCUGUUACUAUCACUCCUGACAAAAUCACAAGAUCAUGGACCGGAACAAGAUACGGAGAGAGGGCAAUUUGAGGGUUUCUGGUUUCUGGUUCCACACAGUUUAGAAACUGCCGUUCAUCCUAACGAGUAAAAAGCUGAACAGGCUGAGAAAUGAACUCCUCUUGGAUCUGUAGGACAGGGGAGGUCAAAAGGCAAACCUCUGCCCCCAAAGGUUGGAGAGACAGACAGGUGGAUAUAGGAAGUUACGGUUUGCGAGAGCAAAGACUCACAAGUGGAAGCUUCCAGGGAUACAGCAUUGGAGUAUGAAAACCUCAACUGUAAUUGGCAAAUUAUGGGAACCUCAGUGCAGACAACUCAGAGGGUUAACAACUCCAGGGGGACCAGUCAUAGCAGGACACCCACAAUAUUGUGAAAUUUACCUCCAGGAGCUCUGCAGGUUCUCACAGUAAGUAUUGGAGAAAAUUCCUUUCAUGCUUCCAGCAGCAGGAGGAGAAAAGGAAUCAUGUUUCAAUACAGCACGCUGUUCUUAACCUGGCCUGCCCCAAGUGGAAACUAGUUAACUAGAACCUCACCUUCUGGGGUUUUAUCAGAGCCCAGCUGACCAAAAGGAAGGGAAAUACCAACUCCAGUUAGCUGUAGUCAUCUUGUCCCAGCUGGAGGAGAAGAAAAACUGAGAAACACUUGUGAGGCUCACAGUCCAGAAACACAGGCUCACCAAAGACUGCGUUCUAAUCAGAGGACUAUUGAACUAUUCCCUCCCCCCCCCCACAAACACACCCCAGCACCACAUCACUAAAGGCGUAUUCAGAGAGUUCCUUUUGCCCAGUACAUCAUAUCUAACUAUCAAGAAAGAAUGACAAGGUAUAGUAAGAUGCAUAAAACAUAAUUGAAAGAGAGCAAGCAUUACAAACAGAUACGGCAGGGGAUGUUGGCAUUAUCAGACCAGGAAUUUAAAACAAAUAUGAUUAAUAUGCCAAGAGCUCUAAUAGGUAAGGAACACAGCAUGCAAGAAGAGAUAGCGAUGGAAGCAGAGAGGAGAAAAUCCAAACUGUUAACUGGAGAAUCCAGGUGGGGGCGUGUGUAUCUUCAUUGUACAAAUAUUUCAACUCUUCUGCAUGAAUGUCUUCAUGAUGAAAUUAUGAAGCAGAAAAAAAAGGAAACGGUCAGAGUGGAUCGAAAAACAAAACCUAGUUAUGUGUCGUCUACAAGACACCCGCUUUAAAUAUAAAGGUACAUAUAGAUUAAAGAUAAAUGGAUAGACAAAAUAAAUCAUGCCAGCACUAAUCAAAAGCAAGGAAAAGCUGUACUAAUUUCUGACAGAGCUGACUUCAAAGCAAGGAAAAUUGUCAGGGAUAAAGAAAGGCAUUAUAAAAUGAUAAAGGGGUCAAUUCUCUGAGAAGACAAUCCUUAACACGUGCGCAUGGGAAAACAGAGCAUCAAAGCACAGGAGGUAAAAACAGGUAAAGCUGCAAGGAGAAAUCGCUGACUCCACUAUCACAGCUGGAGACUUCAGCAUCCCUUCAUCAGAAAUGGAGAGAGGGCGAUUCAAGUUUAAAU